CAUCAGGUGGAAUAUGCCUAUCCUCCGUUAGCAAAAGAGAAUGAUUGUGAACUUCCCGAGCUUUGGCGUCAUCUACCUUCUCUCUGUUUACCCGAUGGUGCUCAUAACCACGAAGCAGACACAGUCUUUUUCCACUUACCACAUUUAACAAAACCAGACCAAACUGUUUUCGGAGUAUCUUGUUACAGGCAGAUAGACGCUGAGAAAGUGACAAACAAGACUGCGGACAUCACUCGUAAUACUGUGCAAAAGUCUGUCUGCGUGUUAAGUACUCUACCGAUAUAUGGAUACAUACAGGAACGUCUGCAAGUGACUACGAAGGUGUACUUCAAGGGUGCAGACUUUUCAGAUGUCCAGGACUUAGAGGGUUUAUACCAUGACUUGAAUACAACAAAUUGGAGGGACAAACUGAAUCACGUUGACCACGAGGACAAAUAUGGAGUCUAUGUUUCUGAUGCUGUAAGAAUAUUUGGCCGAAAUAUUUUGGUGUUAUUCAAGUUGGUACUUCUGGAACGACGGGUACUCUUCUACCACAGUCCUGUUGGACCUCUCGUCCGUACUAUCACAUCCUUGAUGGCAUUAUUUCCUGAUAAUUUCCCAAAUGGACUAGCACAUGCUGCUUCACUAAGGUCACGAGGUCUUCUAGGCCUAGCAACGCUGCAACCCAGUCCAAAUGAAGCUGACUAUAUGGAAGUGUGUUACGCAGAUGAUGUUUUGGCUGCACCAGUUGUCAGCAAUGAGGCUGAUCAGGAUGAAAAUGAGAAAGCGCAGGAUGUCACUGAUGAUAACAUUGGUAGCUUAGAAGUUCUCGGAAGUUCCAUGCAAGUUACAGAAGUUGCAAUGGAGGCUGGAGGUGGAGAAGAAAGUCUUUCAAGUACAAUCAACACAAAUAGAAUACCUCUUCAUAACAUGGAGGAUACUUCUGAACCAACAAAAAUAAUCAAUGUUACUCAUGAAGAAAGUCUGCCCAUGGGAGGCCCAACAGGAGAUGGUAUCGGUAUGUCAAAAUGUGACGACUUCAGUGAACGUAGGAGUAGUAACUCAAGCUUAACCUCAGUGACCUCUAGGGGUUCAAUCAUGUCCCCUCCAGAGUUUAAUGGAGGCCCUGGAGGAAAUUCACAAGCAAAUUUUUCAACCAAAAUGUCUACCCUGAAAGGGAGACUCAGUGGUGCAUUCAGUUACUGGACGGGGAGAGAGAAGUCUCCAACGCAAGAAAAACCAUCUUCCAAGCAGGUUAUAAAAUCUUUAGCAAGUUUGGGAUAUGUUGACCACAAUGAGGCUGAUCAGGAUGAAAAUGAGAAAGCGCAGGAUGUCACUGAUGAUAACAUUGGUAGCUUAGAAGUUCUCGGAAGUUCCAUGCAAGUUACAGAAGUUGCAAUGGAGGCUGGAGGUGGAGAAGAAAGUCUUUCAAGUACAAUCAACACAAAUAGAAUACCUCUUCAUAACAUGGAGGAUACUUCUGAACCAACAAAAAAUAAUCAAUGUUACUCAUGA